AUAUAAUAUCCCUUAAAAGUUUUAUCCAAUGGCAGACCGAAAUUCUAAGAUGUCUGCUCCUCCAUUCUUCUCACUCUUCUCCUUCUGAGAAGCUGCAAAACCAAUUUCAAAGCCACGAGAGAAACAGAGAGACAUAGAACAGGAAUUCUCUUCGUGGGUAUAUGAUCGUUACGAUGAUUUUCUGUCUCCUCCAGGAAUCACACUCAGGAAACUAAGACAACCAUUUUGAGAAAACUGGGAAGUGAGAAACAAAAGAGAGCGAUAUGACGGAAAACGGCGUGGCUCCAAGAGGAGGAGGAGGAGGAGGCCGUACUGUUGUGGUAGGCGUGAAGUUCGAUGCGACGAGCAGUGAGCUGCUUGAUUGGGCUUUGGUUAAGGUUGCUGAACCGGGUGAUACCGUAAUCGCUCUUCAUAUUCUCAGCAAUGAUAUCGUCGAUCGAGCAGGCAGCUCUUCGCUUAUCUCCCUUGUCAAAGCUUUUGACUCUGUUCUUGAAGUUUAUGAAGGUUUCUGCAAAUUGAAGCAGGUGGAUUUGAAGCUGAAGUUAAUCCGGGGUUCUUCUACACGAAAGACUCUAGUUAGAGAAGCAAAAUUGUGUUAUGCAUCCAAUGUUGUAGUUGGAAUUUCCAAAAGUUAUCACACAAUUCACUCCUCUGUCUCCGUAGCUAAGUACUUAGCCAGGAAAUUAUCAAAAGAUUGCUGGGUUCUGGCCGUCGACAAUGGGAAAGUCUUGUUUCAGAAAGAUGUUUCCUCUUCGAUUAUUCACCACUCUAAAGGAAAAAGCGAUGCUGGUAGGAAAACUUUGACUAGUUUCUUUCAGAUGCCUGUCACAUUGAGAAAGAAUACCAAAGUAGUUGACCAUUCAGAGGAGGAGGAAGAAGAAGUAGUGGAGGAGGAUCAUUCCAAUGGCCAUAGUCUACGGCAUGCUUUAGUGUAUGCCUGCCUUGGGAAUUGCUCUGUUUCUGGUUUGAAUGGAUCUUCUAAUUGUGAUGCUGAUCAAGAUGAUAAUGCUGAUUUCCACAAGCCAAUGGCCAUUAUGCCUGCAAAAGUUCCAGAAGAUUUGACCUUAUUCAUGACUAUGCUGGUAAAGGAACUGCCUGGAUUUAGACCAGGUUGGCCUUUGCUUUGUCGUGUAGCUUCUUCAGAUGCAUUUGCUACUGUGCAGCGGAGUUCUUCGUUCAGAAAGAUACCAGUUGUCCAGUGGGUGCUGAAGCUGCCCUCUAGGACCAAUUCUGUUGUUGGAAGUUCAGACACUAAGCAGAUUGGUUUUGAUUCUUCUGAAUCUGAGGAUGAUAAUAAGUUGUCUAGUUUGAACGCUAAAAGCCGAGCAAUUGUUCCUGAUGGUAAUGAUUCUAUGAUCGUGAAAUGUUCUCCUGAUAGUAGCCCAAGAAGAUUUUCAGAGGAAUUAGAGGGUCUUCAAGAGAGAUUCUCCACAUCUUGCCGGUCUUUUAAGUACAAGGAACUUGUGUCAGCGACAUCAAAUUUCUGUGCUGAUAAUUUCAUCGGAAAAGGAGGCAGCAGCCGGGUUUUUAGAGGUUAUCUGCCAAAUGGAAGAGAGGUUGCAGUGAAAAUUCUUAAGCAAACCGAAGGCGUCUUAAAGGAUUUUGUGGCAGAGAUUGACAUCAUCACGACCUUAAACCAUAAGAACGUUAUUUCCCUCUUAGGUUAUUGCUUUGAAAACAAUAACUUAUUACUGGUAUACAAUUAUCUCUCAAGAGGAAGCCUUGAAGAGAAUCUUCACGGAAACAAAAAAGACCUGGUUGCAUUUCGUUGGUACGAGAGAUAUAAGGUGGCUGUGGGAAUAGCUGAGGCGUUGGACUAUCUGCAUAACAGUGCUUCACAACCCGUCAUUCACAGAGAUGUUAAGUCAUCAAACAUAUUAUUGUCUGAUGAUUUUGAGCCACAGCUGUCUGAUUUUGGGCUUGCGAAGUGGUCGUCGCUGUCUACAACUCAGAUAAUCUGCUCCGAUGUCGCAGGCACCUUUGGCUACUUAGCUCCAGAGUACUUUAUGUAUGGCAAGAUGGACAAUAAGAUAGAUGUCUAUGCAUACGGUGUUGUACUCCUCGAGCUUCUUUCUGGAAGAAAACCGAUAAGUAGCGAAUCUCCAAAGGCUCAAGAGAGUCUUGUUAUGUGGGCGAAACCAAUUCUGGAUGAUAGAGAUUAUUCUCGGUUAUUGGACCCGAGUUUGCGAGAUGACAACAAUGGUGACCAGAUGGAGAGGAUGGCGUUAGCGGCCACUCUUUGUAUAAGGCAUAACCCUCAAUCUAGGCCAAAAAUGGGAAUGGUCUUAAAUCUUCUUAAAGGUGACGCGGAGUUGCUAAAGUGGGCAAAGCAACAAAUUAGUAACUGUUUAGAGGAUUCAAAGCUACUCAAUGAUGAGAAAUUGCAGAGGUUAAGUUUACAGUCACAUCUUAACUUAGCAUUCCUGGACAUGGAGGAUGACUCCCUGUCCAUGGGAAGCACCGAGCAAGGCAUCUCCGUAGAGGAUUAUCUUAAAGGCAGGGAAAGCCGGUCAUCCAGCUUUAAUUGAGCUUGUUCUCUUUACUACAACAAAUCACAAUUGCAAAACUUUCCAAGCUGAGAUGGUGAAGAGUCUCUUGUGUGUGAGUGUUAGUGUAUAUAUGAAAAGGGACUUCUUUUCAUUUGGAUGGGUGGUGGAUGAGAGGUGCAUUUGUGGGUUUUACUGGCCCUCCUCCCUCCCUUGGUGUAGGGUUAUAAGUUCAACUUUUACUUGUUUGGGUUUGUUUUGCAGUUUUUGCCUUUAUUGGGGCAAAAUAGACAUGCAAUUUGUGUUGUUUGAUCCUAAUGGAUUAAAGUGAAUUUUCUUGCCUUGUAAUGCUCGAACGUGUCUCUCUUGUCAUUAUCAAUAGAUAACAUUAUCUUGUUAGAAGAA